AUGAGUUCCUUGAAUUCAACACUUCCUCAAAAUGUUUCAUUUGUUCGACCUCAGUUCUUCUAUAUCAAUGGAUUUUCUAAUAUUCCUUAUGUAAAAUACUAUUAUAUUUUCUUGUGUAUUGUUUUAACUGUAACGAUAUUAGGAAACUCUUUCAUUAUGUUUAUUAUUUACAUAGAGCAAAGUCUUCACACCCCAAAGUAUGUGGUUGUUUUUCAUUUAGCUGUAGUUGACAUGUGUGGCAGCACAGCUCUUAUUCCUAAAAUGAUCGAGACUUUUCUUUUUGAUUCCCAACUCAUCUCAUAUGAAGGCUGCUUGGCUAAUAUGUUUUUUGUACAUAGUUUUACAUUCAUGCAGUCACUAACUCUUCUUGCACUUGCAUAUGACAGAUUUGUUGCUAUCUGCUUUCCUCUGAAAUAUCAUAUCAUCAUUACUACUGCUGGAAUGGGUAAAAUAUUAGCUGGAAUAUGGAUUCUAGCAUCUGGGGUAGUAAUUGCAGCUGUUGGUUUCACUACCAGACUAUCAUUCUGCAAAUCAAUUGUGAUAAACAGUUAUUUCUGUGACCAUGGACCUAUUUAUCGGAUGUCUUGUAAUGACAAUUUUCCCAAUUAUGUAAUUGCUCAGAUUGGUAUUACAAUAUUGCUAGCUGCACCUUUGACUUUAAUACUGUCAACUUAUGUGUGUAUAAUAUUGGCAUUACUAAAAAUCGCCUCAGAGGAGGAACGCAUAAAAGCAAUGAAAACUUGCACCUCCCAUUUAAUCUUAGUGGCAAUGUUUUACCUUCCGAUAUCUGCCAUCUACAUUGCAGCAAACAUUACGUCUAUCGACCCAAAUACCAGAAUAAUAAGUACAUCCUUAUCUUCUACAAUUUCACCAAUGAUGAAUCCCAUCAUUUACACAAUGAAAACAGAGGAGGUUAUGAAAGCAGUGAGAAAGCUUUGCAAAAGAAACAAGAUAAUUAAGCCUAGGAGGAAUCAAUAA